AUGGCGCCCGCUGCUAUCUCUCCACCCGCAUCACCCCGUCCGGAUAACGCCACUACCUCAGACAUCUCUUCAUACCGUGGCUACCACCAUGUCCACUGGUAUGUCGGUAACGCCAAGCAGGCUGCAGCCUUUUACGUUGCACGCAUGGGCUUCGAGCGUGUGGCAUACCGUGGACUAGAGACUGGUUCGCGAGCUACUGCCUCGCACGUAGUACGAAACGGCGACGUCACAUUCGUACUGACUUCGCCGCUGCGGUGUUUGGAGCAAGGCUCGAGGUUUAGCAAGGAGGACGAGCAGUUGCUCAAGGAAAUUCAUGCGCACCAGGAGAGACAUGGUGAUGCUGUCAAGGAUGUUGCAUUCGAAGUCGACGAUGUAGAUGCCAUAUACUCUGCGGCCGUCUCUGCCGGUGCCGUCUCCAUCAAAGAACCCUACACGCUCUCCGAUGACCAAGGCAGCGUACGCCUAGCCACCAUCCGCACAUACGGCGACACAACGCACACCCUGAUCCAAAAGUCCUCCUACAACGGCAUCUUCCUCCCCGGCUACCGCGCUGAAUCCAGCACCAAGGACCCCCUCUCCGCCUUCCUCCCCUCCAUCAACCUCAGCGCCAUCGACCACUGCGUCGGCAACCAAGACUGGGACGAAAUGGAAGACGUCUGCGCCUACUACGAAAAAGUCCUCGGCUUCCACCGCUUCUGGAGCGUAGACGACAAGGACAUUUGCACAGAGUAUUCCGCCCUCAAAUCCAUCGUCAUGAGCUCCCCCAACGACGUCGUCAAAAUGCCCAUCAACGAGCCCGCCAAGGGUAAGAAACAGAGCCAGAUUGAGGAGUAUGUGGAUUUCUACGGCGGACCCGGUGUCCAACAUAUUGCGCUCCGUACUACGGAUAUCAUCUCUGCAAUUACGAACCUAAAGGCGAGAGGUGUCGAGUUUAUCAAGGUCCCCGAGACGUACUACGAGAGUAUGAGGAUGAGGCUCAAGAAGGCGGGUAUGACUUUGAAUGAGGAUUUCGAGACGCUGAAGAGCUUGGAUAUCCUGAUUGAUUUCGACGAGGGGGGUUACCUGCUGCAGCUUUUCACGAAGCAUCUUAUGGAUCGGCCGACGGUGUUUAUUGAGAUUAUCCAGAGGAAUAACUUUGAUGGGUUUGGUGCGGGGAACUUCAAGAGCUUGUUUGAGGCGAUUGAGAGGGAGCAGGAGCUGAGGGGGAACUUGGUUUGA